CUCUGUCUCUCUGUCUCUCUGUCUCUCUCUCGUGGCGGUGAGGUGCAGGCGCCUACACGGGCUAGUUGAGGAGGUGGGGCCGUUGAGAACACUGUUGCGUACGCGUGGGGAGGACCCAGACUGGUUGCAAUGGCUUCGACAGCCACCGCAGAGGCCGUUGGCGAGCGCCAUGAUCUUUACCGCAGCAUGAUGCAGCAGUUGCUGGCCGAUGGCCAUCAUGAUAUGGCCCAGCAGCUGGCCGAGCGCCUGAGCACGGAUUUGGGCGCGCUCUCAGCUUCGUCGGGCCUUUAUGACCUGUUUGCCGCCAGCAACCAGACAUCCACGAUGUGGACGCAAAAUACUGCCGCUACGACUUCUCGAGGUCUUGACUUUGGUCACACAGUGGACCCCGCCACGCUGGAUGCCCGCUUCGAGCUCAAGGCAGCCCUGUCCCUUCCAUCAGCACCGACCGUUUGCGCCGUUAGUCGCGACGGCGAGCUCUUUGCCGUUGGGUGCCAGGAUGGUCGCGUGCGUGUUUAUCGCUCGCGUGGUCUCGUGACUUCGACCAACAUGGUCGAAUCCGGUUCCGCGGCCAUGCUUGCCAACUUUGACGGCAGCUCGCCCGUCUCUGCCUUGGCCUUUCAUCCGACCAAGGCCAUCAUUUCAGCGGGUUCCACCGACGGUCUCAUCAGUCACUUUGAUUUCACUCCCAAUGCCCAGAACAUCUCAAACACACUCCAGGAUCCAUGCGGCAUCACUGCGCUCGAGUACCAUCCGACGGGCGCCUACUUGCUCGUAGCCGCCGAGCAUCCCACUCUUCGUCUUUACAAUACUGAUACCUGGCAGUGCUAUCGUCCCGCCAAUUGGGCCACAGAACACACGGCCCCUUUGUGCGCGGCGCGCUUUACAAGUGAUGCCAAGACUAUCGUAACUGCAUGUACUCUGGGCAUGGUCAAAGUGUGGAGCGCCGUGAGUCUCACUUGCCUCAAGACGCACGGCCCGAUUUUUGACAUGGACUCGAUCUGCAACCUUCAGCUAUCCUCAAGUGGCACCUAUGCGCUCAUUACAAGCUCGACGCAGCGUCUUGUGCUCAUGCAGCUCGAUAACGGACGUGUCAUCUUCGAAUACAAGGGAGCUACUCCUGCCUCGGCCUCUACCCCAGCAGCUUUUGCUCAGGACGAGGCCUUGGUGCUCUGGGCGGAUGAGUCGGGAUCCAUUGCCGCGUGGAACACACGGACCGCGGAGCCCUUGGCUGCUACUGCUGCCCACCCGGUGCCUAUUUUGACCAUGUAUUACAGCGAGGCAAAGCAAAUGCUCUUGACAGGCAGUGGUGAUCGUCAGCUGAAAUUAUGGCAAAGCCCCAGUGCCAAUGUAGCCACAGCCUCGGCCGCCGCCCAACGUCACGAUAACUCUGUCAAGACGGAGACCAUCAAAACCGAACCCACGACCGCUGAUGACUAAAAAAAAAAAAAAAAAUCAAAAGAAUUGAUCACAGCUCG